AUGGACGAAUCACAGAGCGUAAAGACCGACCGUCGCCGUCGCCGCCCUGCUCUCUCUUGCGUUAGUUGUCGAAGGUCUAAGAUUCGUUGUGACCGCAACUUACCUUGCGGCGCUUGCGUCCGUUCCAAGCAUAAGACAUGCGUAUAUGGGCCUCAAGGCCGGCAUUCGGAAGUAACUUCUGCUCCGAUCGGCCCACAUCCGGCCGAUCUGUUAUCUGGCGUAGACUCCGAGCCGGCUGUUUCGCCUGUGACCAGCGGGUCUAGCCACACGCAUCGCGGCGAUGUUCUACACGAGGGUCACACAACUCUUUCUUUGAAUGGCUCUACUUCGGUCGACUCAACCUCUUCUCAGAGCCAUGGACCGUCUUUCGAUGUUAAGUCUUUACUAGACCGAAUCAAGGAUCUCGAGCGUCGCCUAGAAGACUCCACCAGAAAUUACUCACCUCAGAAGAACGCCGCCGGACGGCCACGUACCACUGAGCCGGAUUUUGUGGCCACCUAUCCUAGCUAUCUCGCGGGAGAGCUGCAUACCAUGAAUAAAAGUGUUAUAACGAAAACACGAUACCUUGGUCAGAGCCAUUGGAUGAAUCAAAUAGGAAGCUUCAAAUGCAUUCUAGAAAUAUUUGACCAACAGCAUCUAGAAAAGAAUUCAGAGCCGAUUGCGAUGGUAAACCGAUGCAAGGCGCUGGCUCGGACCGUUAAGGCGCAAAGAGCACCCGCACAAGCCGUCAAGUUUGGUGCUAGCCUACCGCCACGAGAAGUCGCGGAUAAGCUGGUAGACGCAUAUCUUCGUACAUCAGAAGCAGUCCUUCGGAUAUUACACGUCCCGUCAUUUAGAAAGGAAUAUGAAAUUUUCUGGCUGUCGCCUGACUCUGCUGAUCUCCCCUUCUUGAUUCAACUUCAGCUCGUCAUGGCGAUCGGUGCUGCGGUCUAUGAUGAUCACUAUACCCUGCGCAAAUCGGCUAUGCAAUGGGUAUAUGAGGCGCAAUGUUGGCUCAUAUCACCGGUUCCUAAGACAAGGCUAACUAUCACUGGUCUGCAGGUUAUGCUGCUCCUCUGUCUUGCGCAACAAACUGCGCUCGUUGGCCAGGACCUAGUCUGGAUCUCGGUGGGACAACUAAUGCGCACAGCAAUGUAUAUGGGCCUUCAUAGGGACCCAAAGAAACUGCCCAAGAUGAACCAAUUACGCUCCGAGAUCCGGCGGAGGUUAUGGAAUAGUAUACUCGAAAUCGCGCUGCAGACCAGUCUUGACUCUGGCGGGCCGCCCCUGAUCUAUCCUGAACAGUACGAUACUUGUGCACCAGCCAAUGUUGACGACGAUCAAUUGAAGGACGACGACAUGCUGGCCGUAGCUAACCCGCCAGACAAGUUCACAGAUAUGUCGGUGGCCAUAGCAUUUCAUGCAAGCUUUUCGGCGCGUUUAGCCAUUGCGCGGCUUCUCAACGAAAUCGGAACGAAAAACACUUAUGACGAUACUAUCCAACUUCAUAACCAACUUAGCACCGCGUACAAAUCUCUCUCACAACAGCUCCAACGGUUCUCGCUUGGCGACAGACAACCGACAGGGUUCCAACGACGCUUGGUGGACCUUCUCGUGCGCCGUUACUUCAUGGCACUUCAUCUUCCUUAUUUUGGCCCAGCUAUGAACGAGCCAGCUUACGCUUUCUCCAGAAAGACUGUAGUAGAAAUAAGUGCGAAACUAUAUUCUACCGUUUUCCCCGCAGCGUCCUUUAGUCCUCGGCCGAUGCGGCCUCAAAUAGAUGACCUAAGGCAGAUGUCCAUUGUCCCAGAUGAGGAUGAAUUAGCCCGAUUUGCCACUUCCGCGGCAGGCUUUCCUCGUAAUAUCCUUUCGCAGGCAUCGAUGGCUAUCGGUCUUGAUCUUCAAACCCAAUUACAAGAAGACGACAGCUUAGGGCCGCCAACCCCUCGAGCGGAUCUGCUCAAUAUUUUCAGAGACUCCAUUGCGUGGAUCUACCGUCGCAUCUAUAUUGGGGAAACAAAUUCGAAGGGCUAUUUGUUUUCGUUGGCACUAUUAACGAACAUUGAAGGGUUAAUGAAGGGCCUGAGACGAGCAGACAUCGUAGAUUCUGUCAUUAAAGCUGGUACCGACUCGAUGCGCGACUGUUUUGAAUUGCUUAAGCAGCAAGCUGCCCCGCAGCCUGAUGAAGCCGCUACUACGAUCGAUACACAACUUGAUUUCGACACCAUGAUGGCGGUGGAUCAAGACUGGAAAUACGAUAACACGAUGCAAAAUGUCCUAUUUAAUUUCACCAACAUCGAUUCCGUUUUAGGCAUGCCCACUGGAACUGAUAUGAUGGGAGCGGACUUCUCUCAAUGGUAG